AUGGCAGAAAUUGCAGCUGGAGCCGUCGUGGCCGAGCAGGUCGCAUCUACCGCAGCUUAUGCCGGUGCAGCAGGUUACGCUUUAGCCAAGCCUACCAAUGAGCUGAAGGUAAGCUUCACUCAGAUUGCAGCUACGUCGCCAGACGCAACCAGCACCUCGUUUGCCCGCUCUAACCACACUUUCACCGUCAUGGGCUCCAAAGCCUACCUCUUUGGCGGCCAGACCAGCGAGGGCAAGCUAGCGAGCAACAGCAUACACUCGUUCUCCCUGGCGAAGAAUUCAGACUCGGACUACCAUCUUGCUCCUGCGAUACCUCUCGGUGAUGGCGGUCGUGUGCCCGAGCCGAGAAUGAACCACUCUGCAUGCGCCUUCAACAGCUGCGUUGCCAUCUAUGGCGGCUGCGACGCGUCUGGUUACUUGAUCGAUGACCCCAGCAUCUGGCUAUACGAGACAGAGAAGUCGGUUUGGCACGCCAUGCCGACAAAUACAGCCGAAGGUCCAAAUAUGCGGUCAGGAGCCAAACUAUUCUCGCACGGCAAUAGGUUCAUUUUAUACGGAGGAAAGGGUGAAGGGGGCUCACAUCUGUCUGAAGUCUGGCACUUUGAUACCGUCACCAAGAUGUGGAGUCAACUGCCCAGUGCCCCGGUCUCCACCUCGAAUGCUGCCAUGGGAGGUAGCACACUCUAUCUCAUUGCCGGUAACGACAAUCUCAGCAGUAACUUUCACUACCUAAACACUGAACCAGGUACGGAUCAUGAGGCGCGGCAAUGGGAAACCAUUACCUUCCCUACGAAUCCCUUGACGCCAGGACCCAAAUCGCGUGAGAAGGGGGGCCUGUUGUACAUCAACACUGGCUACGGUCGUCAGUACUUGUUGUACUUCUUCGGCGAACGCACCUCAGAAGUGACAUCCGCUGAAGAGACACAGGGACCAACACAUUGGACUGAUAUUUGGAGUUUCCAGCUGCCCUCGAGCGAUCUCUCAGUGAAGGCUGCCAAGACCCUUUCCGAAGCCAUUCAACCUGCGAAGAUCAAGGACGCAAUCCGUUCCAAGGUUGGCAUCGACGGUUCCGGCACUCACACUUGGUCCGAGGUGGAGGUGAAGCCACCCGGUGAUAUACUGGCGCAUGAGGGCAAAGUCCACCCCGGACCGAGAAGUGCGUUCGGCUGUGAUGUGCUGGGAGAUGGGCGCAGUGUCGUGCUUUGGGGGGGACACAAUGCAAAGGGGGAGUGCGAGGGUGACGGUUGGAUCAUGCAGAUAGAGUAG